CACCUUCAACACCGAUUAAACAACCAUACAGUCAUAUUAAUCCUAUACCACGCACAACACCAACGGAUCAGAAGACCCCAGAUAAGCGCAUACAUUCAGUCAACGGAGUAUUCAAAUCUUCUCCUUUACACCCGACCCCAAAGCCUCACCAUCCAUUCACAUCUCCUUCGCCUUUGAAGAAACUCUCACUACCUUCCCAAUCCCUCGUAGUCGAGACGGCCUCCUCAACUUUGCCUUCUACCCCACCGUCAGCAAACACGUCCUCUAUAGCAUUUUCGCUUAAUUCUGCAUCUUCUACUAGCCCCAAAUCCUUCGCCGACAUUCAGCGUGCUGUUUCCUUUGUUCAACUUGCGGAUGAACUCGUUUGGAAAAGAAGUGAAUGGGGGACUAUGUUUGGUAGUCAGAAUCGAAGUGCUAGUAGGAGUAGGAGUCCUAGUCCAUCGGCGGAUCGUGGAUCAUUGGCCGGUCACAAACGCUCACUUCCCACUGAACCGAGGAGUGCUCAUGAUGGCUUCUUGCGGCCCCCUUCGGCUCACAAUGUGAACGGAGCGAACUCCAACUCCUCCACCUACACUCCGACGGUUGGGGCGUCUGCUGAAUCAUCGUCGGUGAGACGACCGCCUACGUCGGGUGAUGUUUUUGAUGCGGGGAAUAUCAAGGCGCUUGAGGAUAGGCUUGUUCUUUGGGAGAGAGCUGUACGAACGAGGGUGAUGAGGAAUAGGAAUCAGAGAUAAGAAAGGAGGGAUUGGGGUUGGGGAACUUUUUUUUUUUUUUCGAACAAGAAAAAGCUGCCCUGCUGCCCAGAGAUCGUUCUAGAGGACAAUUCGCUAUCGCUGUUUUUCCCCUCGGGUCUUAUCGUCCUGUGUGUGUAUUUGCAUAGUUUUGUGUAAUUCGUAAUGUCAAUUCAAAUUGUC